GCCGGGGCUCCGCUACUUCCGGGGACGUGGCCGAGGGGGGCGGAAUGGCGGCCGGGCCGGGCGGGGGCUCCGCGGGACAGGGCGGGGAUGGCGAUGAACUCUUCGAUGUGAAGAACAACUUCUACAUCGGCGCCUACCAGGCCGCCAUCAACGAGGCGCAGCGAGUCAAGCCCUCCAAGCCCGAGAAGGAGGUGGAGAGAGAUGUGUUCCUGUUCCGAGCCUACAUAGCCCAGAGAAAAUAUGGAGUUGUGCUGGAUGAAAUCAAAGGCAGUGCCAGUGCUGAGCUCCAGGCUGUCAGGAUGUUUGCAGAAUAUCUUUCCAAUGAGAGCCAGAGGGAUGCAAUUGUUGCUGAUUUGGAUAAAAAAAUGGCAAAAAGUGUGGAUGUAGCCAACACCCCCUUCCUGCUGAUGGCUGCUUCCAUCUAUUUCCACGAGAGGAAUCCCGACGCGGCGCUGCGUGCCCUGCACCAAGGGGAGAGCUUGGAGUGCAUGGCCAUGAUGAUUCAGAUCCUUCUGAAGCUGGACAGGCUGGACCUGGCUCGCAAAGAGCUGAAGAAGAUGCAGGAACAAGAUGAGGAUGCAACUCUGACUCAGCUGGCAACUGCCUGGGUGAACCUGGCCAUAGGUGGGGAGAAGCUACAAGAUGCCUUCUACAUCUUCCAAGAGAUGGCAGACAAGUGUUCCUCCACCCUCCUCCUGCUCAAUGGCCAAGCUGCCUGCUACAUGGCCCAGGGCAAGUGGGAUGAUGCAGAGGGAGUGCUCCAGGAGGCUCUGGAGAAGGACAGUGGCCAUCCUGAGACCCUGAUCAACUUGGUGGUGCUGUCCCAGCACUUGGGGAAACCCCCAGAGGUUACAAACCGUUACUUGUCCCAGCUGAAGGAUGCCCACAAAACCCACCCCUUCAUAAAGGAAUAUCAGGCAAAGGAGAAUGACUUUGACAGACUCUCCAUGCAGUAUGCUCCCAGUGCCUGAGGAGAGGGGAAAGAGGCUCUGGACCUGCUCUGGGGGACCUGAGAAACUGGGCUGGUGUUCAAAACUCUCUGCUCACACAGAAAAAAACCCCUCUGGGAGGCAGUCUGGCUUCAGCUCCCUGUGGCAGGGGCUUGUAACCCACUAAGCCAGUGCUGAACCUGGAGAUAAUUCACAGCCUCUUGAAUUUGGUGGCUGAAAAUCCCCCCUGCUGGCUCAGCAGAAAGGAGAGAAUGCAACACUGUACUUCCAGCAUUCCUAAUAAAAACCUUUUCUGGA